CUCGCCGACGUUCCGCUGCGCCCCGCGCAACCGGAAGUGGUCGGACCCUAGGCGGAAGGACCUGGCGGAGCGGAAGUCACUCCGUGAGGCAGUGGUGACGGCGGCGGCGAGAGGAUGAACAACAAGUUCGACGCAUUGAAAGAUGACGACAGUGGGGACCACGAUCAGAAUGAAGAAAACAGCACACAGAAAGAUGGUGAGAAGGAAAAAACGGAACGAGACAGGAGUCAGAGCAGCAGCAAGAGGAAGGCUGUUGUCCCUGGGCCAGCAGAGCACCCCCUGCAGUAUAACUACACUUUCUGGUACUCCAGGAGAACCCCUGGCCGUCCCACCAGCUCACAGAGCUACGAACAGAAUAUCAAACAGAUUGGCACCUUUGCCUCUGUGGAGCAGUUCUGGAGGUUUUACAGCCACAUGGUACGUCCCGGGGACCUGACAGGCCACAGUGACUUCCAUCUCUUCAAAGAAGGAAUUAAACCCAUGUGGGAGGAUGAUGCGAAUAAAAAUGGUGGCAAGUGGAUUAUUCGGCUGCGGAAGGGCUUGGCAUCCCGUUGCUGGGAGAAUCUCAUCCUGGCCAUGUUGGGGGAACAGUUCAUGGUUGGGGAGGAGAUCUGUGGGGCUGUGGUCUCUGUCCGGUUUCAGGAGGACAUUAUUUCAAUAUGGAAUAAGACUGCCAGCGACCAAGCCACCACAGCCCGCAUCCGGGAUACGCUUCGGCGAGUGCUUAACCUACCUCCCAACACCAUUAUGGAGUACAAAACCCACACCGACAGCAUCAAGGCCUGGGAGGAGUUUCAUGGCCUGGUGAACAGCAGCGGCCGCUGAUCGGACGCUCCCCCUCUGUCUCUCACACUCAGGGGACAAUUCAAGCUUUCGAAAUACAAAAAUCACAUUGUGAAAGUACACAAGCUGGCAAUAAUCCUUUUCUGUAUGUGUGUGUUUGUCUGAAACGGAUGGGAGGUCUCCGGCUGGCCCUUCCAUCUGCUCACUGAGGGGACGUCCCUGAGCCUCGUGCUCCCCUUUUGCACUCAUUCCUGGAGGACGGAUUCCGCUAGACACCCUCCAGCAUCGCUGACUUUAUAAAGCGGAAAAAAUGGAAAACGUGACUUUGUAAUAGACAAACUUUUUUUUUAAUGGGGUUCUGUUGGGGGAGUUCAGCCUUUCCUUUUUCUGUGUGCUGUCCAGAUGCCUCCCGGGCACCCUGUCGUGCUCUCCUCUGCUGUACAAAGGGCGUCGUGACCACGUGUACAAGCCAGAGCUGUCAACUGAGCGUGAUCAGUAUUAUGAAUGUCUGUGCAUCCAGGAAAAGCUUUUUGUUGGAGAGUCCCGGAAUAGCUAUAAAUGCUGUCUUCUAGACCUGCCAUUAAAUUA